UGUGAAAAUAAAUGACAUAUGUGUACGUUGUCGUUACAUAUUUACAAUGUUUUGAGAUAUUUUUGUAGAUUUUUUACUUAUUUUUAGUUUAUAUAUAAUGUCCUACAAUUUUGUUGACAUUGUUUUUAUGUAUACUUUGACACAACUUGUACAAGAAUAAUCUGAACCAAAUGUGAUUAGUUCAAAAAUUAUACUCAGUGAUUCCUUCCAUUAUAGGCUCCGUGGCUUCCGAUAUACCACAGAAAUUUGAUGAAAGGAUGAUAUGUAAACGUUGUCAGCGGUCACUUAGAUCUGGCGAAGGUCUCAAAUGUGGAAUAUGUGAGUCUUGUUUCCACAUGAGAUGCGUCAAUGAGUCUGUGAAGGACCACCGUGAUGGCGGAGACAGAGGUUAUCAAUGGAAGUGUUCUCUCUGUCAGAACUACGUCAGCACCCAUGCGAGUGGCUCAGACAUGAGUAAAGAGAAGGAGAAGGACAACAGUAGCUUAAUGGCAGCCGUUGCUGCCAUAAGUGAAAAGUUUGAACUCGUAAAUAAAAUUCAAUUGCCAAAAUUAAACAGCGAUUUGGCACAAAUAAAAAGUGUAGCAGAACGCAUUGUCCAACAAAAUGAUGAUAUAUUGCGAAAAAUAGAUGAAAUCGAAGAGAAAAGAAAGAAUGACAAGCAUUCACAUCAUUCAACGAGUAGAUAUCGAAGAAGGAAUUUAAGCUUAGCUCCUAAAUCAACUAACGCGAUUGAAAAUAAGGAAGAACCGCCUCUUUCGCUAACAGAAAAAAAUGUGAGAUAUAGGACUCGUCGGCGGUCGUAUCUCUUGCACAGAAUAUUUAACAUAUUAAAUAGAAAAAUGAACAGAACCCAGCCUCCUCCUAAAAAAUAACAGUAGCAGUGAGAGCGUUUCAAUAAAGAAUUAA